GUGAGCAAAGCACUCGUUCGUCCGGCCGAUGUUGCCGAGUAGGGCCCGCCCCUUCCCUCUUCUCCACUCGGGCUCUGAAUUUAAACGCACACCCACCGCGCCUGACUGCGCCAGGAAUGGAUAACGGCUGCUUCCAAACAUGGCUCUGCGACACUAUACUCUCGACUUCAGCCUCUCGACUGCAGUUGACUCUGCAUCAACAGUCCCGGUCCUCCUGUCCAUAUUCCACGAACAGGAAAUGACAGAGACCGUGCAUGACACGGACGGGCGCGGAUACCUCGCCACCUUUGUUGGAAAGAACGGCAGGCUGGUUAUUUUGCGGCUGCACGCCCACGGGUUGCUCACGAUUGACCUGCAGUGUUAUGAAGGCGAUAACAUUGCUCAACUCGACAAUCUUUUAAAUACAUUGGAAAAGAAACUAAAGGUUCUCCUCGAGGGCAAGAUAACGCGCGUCAAAAGGUUGCCGCCUCUCAUCCGAGGAGCCAAAGUGGACCGGUACUGGCCCACCACCGACGGAAGGCUGACCGAGUACGACAUAGAUCGCGUCUUGUACGACGAAGACUCGGCAUACCAAAACAUCAAAAUAUUGCACUCGCAGCAGUUUGGCAACAUGCUGAUCCUCAAUGGAGAUGUCAACCUGGCGGACAGCGACUUGCCCUACACGGAAGCCAUCAUGGGCGGCGGGAAGGAGGACUACGCCGGCAAGGAAGUGCUGAUUUUGGGAGGGGGCGACGGAGGCAUCCUGGCUCAGGCCGUCAAACAAAAGCCAAAGAUGAUCACCAUGGUGGAGAUUGAUCAAAAGGUGAUCGACGGGUGCAAAAAGUACAUGCGGAAGACGUGCGGCAAUGUGCUGGACAACCUGAAGGGGGACUGUUACCAAGUUCUAGUGGAGGAUUGCGUGCCCGUGCUUAAGAAGUACGUGCAGGAGGGGCGAACGUUUGACUACAUUAUUAACGAUCUCACCGCAGUGCCGAUCUCCACAGAACCAGAAGAAGACUCGACAUGGGAGUUCCUCCGUCUCAUUUUGGAUCUAUCGAUAAAAAUCCUCCAUCCCAAGGGGAAAUACUUCACCCAGGGCAACAGUGCAAAUCUGACGGAGGCUUUGAGUCAGUAUGAGGAGCAGCUGGGAAGACUCUCCUGUCCUGUGGACUUCUCCAAAAAAGUGGUUUGCGUGCCCUCCUACAUGGAACUCUGGGUUUUCUACACCGUGUGGAAGAAGUGACUUUUUUCUCUCUCUCUCUAGCUAGUGGAACGUGAACAGACUUUCUUCUCUGCUGUAUCACUCGCUGGGUGUAGUCAGAGGGAGCUCGAAAACGCUUACCGUAAAAGAGAUACUAUUUCGCAACACCCGUGAUGAAGGCAUGUCAUUGUAUCAGAGUACCCAAACACUCCACUGGUCUGCUCACUCUUCACACAUCUGUCGGGGCAUUUUUCCCCCGCUUACCUUUCUCUCUCUCCACACGUCUUUUUUUACCUUUUUUAAUUGUUUUUAAGUAUUGUUCGCUGCAAGCCAACAAGUCCAGUUUUGAAUGUAUGUGUGUGCAUUUUUUUAAACCUCCCUUGGGAGGCCCAUGAAUCAGCAUUUACUCUUCUGAAUGCUCUUUCGAGGUUUGAACGACAGUAUGAGCUGAUAUGCUAAUAAUGUUGCUGAUAGUUGCUCGUUUGUUGUUUUGCCCCCUUAUAGGGUGAAGAUAUCAGCAACAAAAUUGCUUUUAAGCUUUUUUUUUUUUUGGUUACAUUGGCUGUCAUUUAGAUUUUUUUUUUAAUUCAGGUUGAUUUCUUGGCAUGAUGCCAAAUGAUGAUUCCAAUGUCCAGAGGGGGAAAGAAAGAUUCCACCACCUUAAUUCCAUCUUUGUGCUAUUUUAUGCCAUACUGAGUGUUUGUUCUUUUGGUUCCUUCAGAUAUAAUAAAGCGUGUAACACUGACAUCAAGCAGCCACAA